UCAGUCUCUCUUUUGUCUUUUCUCUCUCGUCCCCAUACAGUCCUCCCAUUUCACUCUCACCCUCUCUGCAACCUUCUCUCUCUCUCUACGCUACUCUGCUCUCUCGCAUUUUCUCUCUCUAAACGGCGGACUUUGCUUCCUGCUUCGCUCUCGGUCAUUGCGGCUCGCGGAGUUUGCCCUAGACCGCAAUCGCGGCUCAGAUCUAACUCCUCGCGUUUCGGUUUAGUGUUGCAGAAUUCGCGUCGGUGAAGCUAUGUGUUGGUAGGAUAAUGGCUAGCUCGGACCCUAGUAAGAAGACCCGACCCGGUCCAUGGCCGCCCGCACCGGCAGCUCCCGCAAUGCCGCCGACUACCUGGGCAAAGCGGACUGGAUUUCGCCCCAAGUUCUCCGGAGAGACCAAUGCCAGUAACUCCGGCCAAAUUGCGCCCCGGCCGCAAGAUCAACCCCAGGCUCAAGCCCCCGCGCGGACCAGGGGGGUGGAUUCUAGUCUGGAUCUCGAAGCGGGGAGGGCUAGGCCGGAGAAAGCUAACGGGGAGCAGGCGAAUGAGAAGCCGCAGCAGCCGGAGAAGGAUCAUCCGGUGAGGAAGCGGAGGGAUUCUGACGGCGGCGGCGCGCCGAAGAGUACCGUAGCUAAUGGACAGGCGGUGACUGGCACUGAGCCAGCAACGACGGCUGCUGGUGGGCAGCAGCCGAGUCGAAGAGCAUUGAGGAAUGAGGAGGUGGUAGACACGUUGCCACAGUCUAUUGAUGAUGACUUCGCGAGGCAUUCACAUAUGAAGUACGAGCUUAGAGAUGUACCUGGUCUUGUUCCUAUUGGUUUCUAUGGCUUACAACAUUAUCUUUCAAUAUUGGGUUCGUUGGUACUAAUUCCACUUGUGAUUGUUCCGGCAAUGGGUGGCACCUAUGAGGAUACAUCAAAUGUUGUCUCCACUGUGCUUUUUGUGUCAGGAGUGUCUACACUUUUGCACACAUUUUUCGGCUCAAGGUUGCCGCUAAUACAGGGUCCUUCAUUUGUUUAUCUUGCUCCAGCACUUGCAAUAAUCAACUCCCCAGAGUUCUUAAGAUUGAACGGAAAUAAUUUCAAGCAUAUUAUGAAGGAGUUACAGGGAGCCAUAAUAAUUGCUUCAGCUUUUCAAGCAAUACUUGGAUACAGUGGGCUUAUGAUGAUAUUUUUGAAGUUGAUUAAUCCAGUGGUUGUUGCCCCUACUAUUGCUGCUGUUGGGCUGUCUUUCUACAGUUAUGGUUUCCCCCGAGUUGGUGCUUGUCUUGAAAUUGGUGUUGUGCAGAUCUUGCUAGCUAUUAUUUUUUCUCUUUACCUUCGCAAGAUUGCUAUUUUGGGUCAUCGUGUAUUUCUGGUUUAUGCGGUUCCACUGGGUCUGGCUAUAACGUGGGCUAUAGCUUAUCUUCUAACUGAAGUGGGAGCCUAUAGCUACAAGGGUUGUGAUGUGAAUGUACCAACAUCAAAUAUAAUAUCUGAUCAUUGCAGAAAGCAUAUUUCUAGGAUGAAGAGCUGUCGAGUUGAUAUUUCCCAUGCAUUAAGAUCUUCCCCCUGGUUUAGAUUUCCUUAUCCUUUGCAAUGGGGAACACCUGUCUUCCACUGGAAAAUGGCUCUUGUGAUGUGUGUCGUCUCCAUAAUCUCAUCAGUGGAUUCGGUCGGUUCAUAUCAUGCAUCGUCAUUAUUGGUGGCAUCUAGACCACCUACACCUGGUGUUUUGAGUCGAGGAAUUGGUCUUGAAGGUCUUACUAGCCUCUUGGCUGGUCUGUGGGGGACAGGAACUGGGUCUACAACUUUAACUGAGAAUGUGCACACCAUUGCUGUCACUAAGAUGGGAAGCCGCAGAGCAGUUUCACUGGGAGCAGUUGUUUUAAUUGUUCUAUCCCUUGUAGGCAAAGUAGGGGGAUUUAUUGCUUCAAUUCCACAAGUCAUAGUUGCAGCUCUACUAUGCUUUAUGUGGGCGAUGCUUACGGCAUUGGGCUUGUCAAAUUUACGCUACAGUGAGGCAGGAAGCUCAAGAAACAUUAUCAUUGUUGGAUUAUCAUUGUUUUUUUCCCUGUCAGUACCCGCCUACUUCCAACAGUAUGGUAUCUCUCCGAACAGUAAUCUGUCUGUUCCUAGUUAUUUUCAGCCCUACAUUGUUGCUUCUCAUGGUCCCAUCCGCACCAAGUAUGGAGGGCUAAACUAUAUCUUGAACACGCUUUUUUCACUGCACAUGGUGAUUGCUUUUCUGGUAGCUGUGAUCCUGGACAACACCGUGCCAGGCAGCACCCAGGAACGAGGGGUGUACAUGUGGUCUGAACGCGAUGCUGCCAGAAGGGAACCCGCUGUAACUAAAGACUACGAAUUGCCAUUUAGAGUCGGGAGAGUAUUCAGAUGGGUAAAAUGGGUGGGGCUUUAGCACUCUCCGACUCGUAGCCUGCCCUGAUUACCAUUUUUCAAGCUCAUUCCAGGCGUCUAUCCCUUAAUGGAAUGAGUUUGGCAUCUGCAGUGCCAUUUUCACCGGAUGCCGCUUCUUGGGAGUGUAGGCGCCCGCCUUAUAGAGGUAAUCUGUGUGUAUAUUGGAGGAUCCGGGGAAUGUGUUGUAAUGGAUAUAAUAUUGUAUGUAUUUUUUUGAAGCUGAAAGAUGUCCUGAUGGACUUUUGCUAUU